CCGCCCCUGAAGCAAAAGCAGUGUUUCAUCUUCUCAGUGUUUACAGUUUCUUUCUUGUUGUCACUGAAACAACUUGUGGGCUCUAAGAUGAGUGCUGCAGGACCUGCAGAGGCUUCUGUGGGCAUGCUCAGUACCACAGACAGUCUGAAGGAAGGAGAGCUGGGUAAAAGUCUCAAAAGAAAAUACCUCAGAAUCAUCUCUCACGUGCAUCCUGCUAAGCUUUAUUGCUGCUAUGCAGUGAUCAUCAUCCUCACUGUAGCUGUAAUUGUACUUUCUGUUGCUUUGUCAGUUGUAGAAAGAAGCCAACAACAGGCCUCAACCAAAGAAACAUAUGCUGCUUGCCCAAGAAACUGGAUUGGAGUUCGGAAUAAAUGUUUUUAUUUUUCUGAAGACUCAAGUACUUGGACAUUAAGCCAGAAAUUCUGCCUGGAACAAAAGGCCCAGUUAGCUCGAUUUGACAACAUAGAGGAGCUGAAUUUCCUGAAAAGAUACAAAGGGACCUCUGACUACUGGAUUGGCCUGCAUAGAGAGUCACCAGAGCACCCUUGGAGGUGGAUGGACGACACUGAAUAUAACAACUCGGUUCCCAUCCGAGGAGUGGAAGACUACGCCUACCUGAACAACAAUGGGAUCAGCAGUGCCAGGAUCUAUGCAGAUAGGAGAUGGAUCUGUAGCAAGCCCCAUAGCUAUAUCCUCCAAUGCCAAAUUCCUUUUGUUUCUUUCUAGUCUUUGCCAAGAGAUCCUUCGCAAUCUGCUAUCUAUAGUUGCUGCUCUAUCCCCUAUUUGUCAACACUGCUAUCAAAAUGAUUGAGAAUAUUUCUUUACAUCCAAAUGAAAUCCAUCUUAGAGAAAUGCACAUACGAGUUUUUACAACAACAUAGAUGAGUCUAAAAUAGGUGUUGGCUCAUACCUUCAGCCUAAAGUACAAUUAAUGUCAGUGAACCCCACUUUUAUGGAAAGAUGAUUUUGUGCAGACAGUCCUCCUCUUGAAUUUAUGAGAUCACCAAAAUGAAUUCCUCAAUGCGCAAUGGCUCAUGGACUUUAAUAAGGAAAAGAAGCUGGCCAGUGGUGUUGCCUGCCUUUAAUUUUAGCACUCAGAAGGCAAAAGCAGGAGAAUCUCUAUGAGUUUGAGACCAACUUCAUCUGCAGAGCUAUUUCCAGGACAGAUAGGGCUGUUACACAGAGAAAUUCUGUCUCAAGAAAC